GGUUCCGCACGCGCCCGGCUAGUAGGAGCAGGGCUGCCGGGCGGAGGGGUUGGCUCUGCUGGGAUCCCAGCGGGAAGAACAUGAACGGGACGCGGAACUGGUGUACGGUCGUAGACGUACACCCGGAGGGCGAAACCACGGGCAGCGUGGACAUUCUCAGGCUGACUCUCCAGCAUGAACUAACAGGAGAGGAACUUGAGCACAUAGCCCAGAAGGCGGGCAGGAAGACCUACGCCAUGGUGUCCGGCCUCUCGGCUGGUCACGCUCUGGCCUCGGAGCUGGUGGAGUCCAACGAUGGACACGAGGAGAUCAUAAAGGUGUACUUGAAGGGAAGGUCAGGAGACAAGAUGAUCCAUGAGAAGAGUGUUAACCAGCUCAAGAGUGAGGUCCAGUACAUCCAGGAGGCCAGGAGCUGCCUGCAGAAGCUCCGGGAAGAUAUAAGCAGCAAGCUUGACAGGGAUCCAGAAGACUCCGUUCAUCAACAGGAGCUGCAGGUGGUGCUCGAAAAGCCCAAUGGCUUUAGUGAGGGUCCUCUGAGCCUGUACAGCAGGCCACCUGAGGUAGAGACCUUCAUAAAUGACGACGUUGAGAGUUUAAGAAAAACUGUGCAGAAUUUGCGUGCCAAACUGCGGGAGGCAGAGCGGCAACAGCAGUCAGACCGGGCAGCUUUCGAGGUCACACUCAGCCACUACCAGCGAGAAGCAGAACAGAGUAAUGUGGCCCUUCGGAGAGAGGAGGACAGAGCGGAGCAGAAAGAGGCAGAAAUUGGGGAGCUGCAGAGGCGCCUGCUGGGCAUGGAGAUGGAGCAUCAGGCCUUGCUGGCGAAAGUCAGAGAAGGGGAGACAGCCCUGGAGGAACUCCGAGGCAAGGACGCUGACUGCCGAGCGGAGCAAGAAAAGGCUGCUGCCUUGGAAAAGGAGGUGGCAGGGUUGCGGGAGAAGAUCCACCACCUGGACGACAUGCUCAAGAGCCAGCAGCGGAAAGUCCGGCAGAUGAUAGAGCAGCUCCAGAAUUCGAAAGCUGUGAUCCAGUCAAAGGAUGCCACCAUCCAGGAGCUCAAGGAGAAGGUUGCUUAUCUGGAGGCAGAGAAUUUGGAGAUGCACGACCGGAUGGAACACCUGAUAGAGAAACAGAUCAGCCAUGGUAACUUCAGCACUCAGACCCGGGCCAAGACGGAGAACCUGGGCAGUGUCAGGAUAUCUAAGCCCCCCAGCCCCAAGCCCUUGCCUCUCAUCCGAGUGGUGGAAACCUGAGCUUGAGGAGACACACAAGGAUAUGUAUGCUGCUGGUGCUGCCACCUCUGGCCCGUGGAGAAGCCACCAACCCGCAGGGUGUUAACACUGACUUUGACUUCUGCAUUGUUCCCUGGCUGCGCUAGGGCCUGGGGACCGUGUGUCUUACAGGUCCCUAGCUCUAGCCCUCUGUUUGCUGGGUGCAUGGAGCACGAGCACCUCCUCUGGACACUGCAGCCCUUGGGAGAUGGUGUCCUGCCAGCGGGAGCCGGGCAAUGUCUUUUUCCCGUAGUUGUAUUUUUCUCUGUAGCAGAGCCUUCCUUCUGUUGUAUACUGGAAUCCAGCUGUCCCUGAGGCCCAGCCCUCCUCUGGUUGGGAGAAGUGUCAAGAUUUGUCUCAGCCCUAAAAGCCGAAGGCACAGAUGUCCGGAGCGAUUGGCGUGUGUCCUGGGGAAUGGAGUUCCUUCUACAAACACAGCUCGGCACUCAGCAGCUCUCUCCCCUCAGUCCGUACUGAUCUGGGCCUCUUCCAGACGGUUGGGCGGCCUGUCUGGGCCUGGCCAGAGCCAGGAAACUAAACUCACUGCAGAGCCUUGUCUUUCUGGGACAAGAGAAUGUAGCUUUUAGCAGGACAGUUCUCUGGGGCUGUGGACAGUGAUGUGAGACUUCUCUCUGCUGUGAAAAUUCCCACAGUCUCCUUAGGGUUUUCCCCUAAGGUGCACCGCAAGGCACACCUCAAUCUUCCAGACCCAGAGUAUAAAAUCUGUGUUUUUACUGAGUUACAUCAUUCCCAGCAGAACUCUCAUUGUAUUUAUUUUGCUAAGUUAUUGGUGUUUUUGCUUACAUCUCAUAAUCAAUUCCAUACCAGAGUGCUAUAGUCUUCUGUUGUGGUACAUGGAUUUGCUCGAAAUAGAAAAACAUUCCCAUUGGCCCUUUUUAUUAUCAAAUGACAUUGUGAUAGAUCUUCCUCUCUCUUUUUUCUACCUGUUCCUUUCCCUUCUUCCUCCAGACUCGGUACCUCAGGCAGGCAAGGGUACAUUCCUUGAGGCGGCGGGUUCUGGGUUCAUGUUGUUUAGGGAACACUGUGAUCGGGACUUUUUAUAGAGACAGGACGUGUUCUCCUAACUCCUCUGAAUCCCUCUACUCCGUAGUUGGUCUUUGUAUUGUAUUGUAUUUUAUUUGAAACAGGAUCAUGCUAUAUUGUCCAGGCUGGCCUUGAACUCUUGAUCCUCCUUCCUCAGCCUCUCCAGGAGCUGGGAUUAUAGGUGUGUGCCACCGUACCUGGAUCCAUAGUUGGUCUUUAUCUUGGCUUUGACUAUCCUACAACUCAUCAUGUUUUCUGUAGGACUUUCCUACAGCCUUAGGAAGUACACAAGCAGCUGAGUGUGCUACUAUAGGAAACAGGUAAACUUGGGCUGAGUCUUAGGCUGUAUUUGGCUGACAACUGGAAGCCGUAGUCUGUUUCUGUGGGUCAGGACUGAGCUCACCAUCUGGCUUCGUGAAUAAUGGUGCCCUGGGACCUCAGGCAGUCUCCUCAUUGGUAAAGUGAAGGUGCUGGGCCUGAUCAUCUCUGUGUCUCUUCAAGUUCUUGUAUUUUGUUUCUGUGGCAUAUUCUUUGUAUAAUGAAUUUAAUAAAUUAAAUUAUGCUAAUGUGUCUCUUUGA